UUUCUUGCUAAUUUUAUUUAAAGUAGCGAUAUACUUAUUGCAAAGAUGGCGUCGCUUCUUUUAUCAAUCUGUAGUUUAAUUCUUCUGGCUGGAUUAAGCUCUGCUGCUGAUUCAAAUCCGUUAGAAUGUGAAAUAACUGGUGAAACUGCAACGCUAUACCUAGCAACCGACACUGAAAAAACUGUAAUAACACCUGAAACUACAUUUGAUCCCGCUAAGCCUUUCUUCGUAAUCAUUCACGGCUGGAAUGAAAACUCUACCAGAGUAGAAUACAAAGACAUUGCUGCUGAGUUGUAUCUGGAAACUAAUGGAACUGUUGUUAUGGUUGAUUACGACGAGUUUGCUCAUAAAUUCUAUGGUACCUGCGCGUUUAUCAUCUCUAACACAGUAGGAGAUUUUGUAACUGACUUUAUUGUGAAGAGAAUCGAUGCUGGCCAAAUUAAGCACAGUCAAAUUCAUCUGAUUGGUCAUUCUCUGGGUGGACAAAUCGCUGGAUACAUUGGAAGAGCUGUUUACGAUGAGACUGAAAUAAAAAUUAAUCGUAUCAGUGCUUUAGAUGCAGCUGGUCCUUUGUUUUCUGUACUUGUAAUUCCAUUGCCUGAUAUUAGCUUAUCAGCGGAUGAUGCUGUAAUAGUAGACGCAUUACACACUUCGUUACUUUUGGGGGCUCUUCCACGAAUCGGUACAAUAGAUUUCUACGUGAAGGGAUUGUUAGGAUUGCCGAUUCUUUCUGCGGCAUGUGGAUUAUUUUCAACACUUGACGCAUGCAGUCAUGCUCUGAGUGUAACUUUAUUCAGAGAAUCAAUUCGUUCCUGUGGAAUUAUUGCAAAUCACUGGAUUUAUUGGAGUCGUAAAAUUGUUUACGGUUUUCAUAUGCCCAUAACUGCUACUGGAACCUAUGACAUCUAUCCGGCAUUCGGGCCGCCUUAUGGUAAGGGAGAUCCUGAUUGUUCAAAAAUUAAACAGAUUGGCAACUAACAACUACAACUACUGCAACGAAUAAAUACAAAUUAUAUUUUUAUCGCA